AUUAACACAGAGAACAGAUCUCAACUUGCAGUACCAUUAACACAGUGAACACACGAAUCAUCUGUAAUUCUCCCCCAAGCCUUCAGUUUAUCUUUUGUCACGAUUCGGUUGAGAACAACUAAGCUAACCAAGCUAUCACUCGAUGUCGGAAUGGUAAACUACUUGCCCCAAAGGACCUGCCACCAGUUCACCACAGGCCGUCUCACUCGAACUGAAUGUCAUAUCUUCUGAAUAGAGAAGCGAUGCAUUGCCUACUCUUCCUCCAUAAUCCAUAUCCACGAACACGCUGCUGUCACUGGCACAUCCCAAACAGAUCUGCCCUUCAAUCUGUGUUUGCAAAUCCAGGCUACUCAAAAGCUCCCCCUCCUGCAUAAGCAAAAGCCAUAGGAGGCGAGCUACACAAGCAACAUUCCACGUAGUUAAUUAGAUCCUUCAAUCCCAAACCCCCUUCUUUCUUAGGGGUUGCCAAGACUUCCCAUUCCGCCAUGGCUUUUCAUGUUCCCUCUCCAAACCAAAAUAAAAUCAGAGCAAAUCUUAUGAACACUGUCUAUCACAUUUUUAGGAAGAACCAGAGGUACCAAGGUGGAACCAGAAAGUGAAAAAGUAAGCUGCCCAUAAUCUCGUUUGAUGCCUCCUUAGUCCUUACCCCCAACUAACGCAAACCAAAAUUCAAACUGGCACUGCAAUUAACGAAGGAGAAGAAAGAACCAACCUGUAGUCAAGUUCGAUCGGCAGCUGAAAAGAUGCAGGUCUUCGUGAAAACGCUGACUGGGAAGACGAUUACUCUGGAGGUGGAGAGCAGCGACACCGUGGACAAUGUGAAGUCCAAGAUUCAGGACAAGGAAGGGAUUCCGGCCGAUCAGCAGCGCCUGAUUUUCGCCGGGAAGCAGCUGGAAGACGGCAGAACUCUGUCCGAUUACAACAUUCAGAAGGAAUCGACGCUUCACUUGGUGCUGAGGCUCAGGGGAGGGACGAUGAUCAAGGUGAAGACGCUGACGGGGAAAGAGAUUGGUGUCGACGUGGACUUGAACGACACGGUUGCAGGGAUAAAGGUGAAAGUGGAGGAGGUGGAAGGAAUCCCGCCGAACCAGCAGCGGCUGAUCUUCAAAGGAAAGCAGAUGGCGGAUGACAAGACCGGGAAGGACUACAAAAUUGAAACCGGCGACGUUCUUCAUCUCGUGCUCGCACUCAGGCAGGGGCGGAGCUAGCAUUUAGUGCUGGGGGGGGCGGAUUUCAUAAUACAUUACUGCAAAAGAC